UAAUGAUCACGUAUCGACCAAACGGCACCGCAGUUACAAAGGCACAGCACAUAAAAUUCUUAGAAUUUUUCUAAUAAACUCUAAAAUAUUCCAGCUACUAAACAUUUGGUAGCAACAUUUUGAAAUGGACAUGUUUCCAACACAUCUCGAUGGGAUACCCAAAAACCGGUUGGAUCUAGUUAAUGAUUUAGAAUUACCAGACGUAACUGUCUCUCCGUAUGUCUGGCAACCGGAAGAAUCCUUGAGCAGCUGUUCCUCUCUUGAGGAUGAUCAAACAGUUUCUUCGGAUUCCAGCUUGGCUUUAUCCCGGGCUAUGACUGAUUCUGAGAUUGAUUACGGAAGGUAUAAGAGGUUAAAAAACCGAAGGUUCAGUGACCCGUGGAUUGAAUUGAAGACAGCUUUAGAUGCCUUUCCUCCUCGGUAUCUAGAGUCUCUUAACAGUUUUCAAGACAAUACAUCUGAAAGCACAGAAGCGAGUGUAGAAAGAAGGCGCUACUCAGAGGAACUGCGUCUGAAGAUGGAGAGGUUCUUCGAAGAAGAGUGUAGGGUGUUCAGUCCUGAUGACCCUGGUCUGCUUGCCUUGGAGGAAGCUUUAAGAAGUGGUAAUUUUAAGGAAUCAGAUUUGGAUAGCCUGCCAUAAUUACCACAGUGCCAAAGUGCAUUCAACACUUAAUGUGGCACUCUGUCAUUCCCCACAAUGAAAAGCACUUGAAACGCCGAGUGAACAAUAAUGUAGGUGAUACUAAUACACAAAUUUUAUUUAAAUAUGAAGUACUCGUGUACACUAAAAAGACUUUGGAUUAAUAUCAAUUUAUAUAAUUUAGUAGCAUCCUUGUCGUACGUGCGCAGUAGUAGUUAUUGCUACAUCCUCCCUCGCAAAGGGGUAUGUUAAGUGCGCAGUUUUCAUAUUACCUUUAAAAGGAAUUAAAAAAGUGUAAU